GUCUUCUUCAGCAAAGAGUGAGUACGGCUUUUAUUAAUACUUUUUAAACUUUGGUUCACGUUUACAUUUAUGUACUUAAAAAUGUGACUUGAAAUGUUGCCUGUACUUUUGAACAGCAUGUUUAGACCUCUGCGACAUGUCAUGCUAGGAGUUGACGUGGUGGCCAAAAGUAGCAAAGACGGAAGGAUGCACGAAAACAUGGAAGGAAAGAAAAAAAUUGAUGGAAGGGUUGAAAGGACAGAUGGGAGGAAGAAAAGAAGAAUGAGUAAGAAAAAAGUAGAGGAAGGAAGGAUAGUUCAGGGUGUACCCCGCCUCCUUCCCGUAGACAGCCGGGAAAGGCUUCAGCACUCCUUGCGACCUUUGUGAGGAUAAGCGCCAAAGAAAAUGGAUGGAUGGAUAGAAGGAAGCUGUGAAGAAAGACGGACGUGGCGACGCGAGCCCCCCUUCCCAGGUCGCCCCCUGCAACCGAUCGCGGGGGCCCGAGCGCCUUUAACGAGAUUCUGAGGAGGGAAACGAGGGUGACGGUAACGAGGCUCUUCGGCACGCCGCUGCUAAGGUCGGGCAGAAAUCCUGGAUAUUUUUGAGAUUUCACUGAGCCCUGCACCGACUCAAGCCGCUCUGCGCCGGAAGCAAACCAAGCUUUCUGACACCUAUCAGGGCAUUUUACUUUGGAACGUCUCGAUCGUUUUGCAAUUUCAUUGCACCCAGCACCAAGUCAAGACACCUUUUUUUUGGGGCUCCAGAAUCCAACGGGACUUUAAUUGGACCCUGCACCGACCUGAGACACCCAGUGCCCGAUCAAAAAGAAGAAGAGCAGCUUGCAGGUCGGACGGCCGCCGCUCAGUCUCCACUGGAGGGCUACGCGAGCACCGGGACGACCAGCGGCAACUAGCAGGGGGAGACCAAGACGAGGCAGCCGGGGAGGGAACAAGCCGCGCCGGACUGCUCGCUGGACUCCUCUCGGCUGGCCGAGACAUGAGUGCAUCCCGCUGAACGUAAUUGAUGCAGAACUGAGCGGCCUCGCGCUGUCCUUUGCUGUUUCCCCCGGCCCCUCCCCUCGUUUUGCUGACCCGCCUCGCUCGGUCCGCGAGCAGCCAUGACAAAGUCGUACGAGUUCAACUGGCAGAAGCAUGUGCCCGAGUUCAUGCAGGAGGGGGCCCCCUUCGACAGGUUUGAUGAGGAUCCGUACAUCUUUGAGCCCAAUUGUCAGGUGAAGGUGGACGAAUAUGGCUUCUUCAUCUCCUGGAGAAGUGAAGGAAAGGAGGGACAGGUGCUGGAGUGCUCCCUCAUCAAUAGCAUCCGCGUCGGCGCUGUGCCCAAGGAUCCAAAGAUUCUGUCGUCGUUCGAGGCCACGGGCAAGACGGAGGCGGACCUGGAGGGCUGCGUCAUCUGCAUCUGCAGCGGCGCCGACCUGGUCAACCUCAAUUUCAUGUUCAUGGUGGCGGAGAACCCGGACACAGCCAGGAAAUGGACGGAAGGGCUGAGGUCGGUCAUUCACAACUUCAAGGCCAACAACGUGUGUCCCAUGACUUGCCUGAAGAAGCACUGGAUGAAAAUGUGCGUCCUGACCAACGUUAAUGGCAAGAUUCCCGUCAGAGGGAUCACCCGGACGUUCGCGUCAGGCAAGACGGAGAAGGGCAUCUUCCAAGCCCUGAAGGACCUGGGCCUUCCUAGCGGCAAGAACGACGAGAUCGAACCCCCGCUGUUCACGUUUGACAUUUUCUACGCGCUCACGCAGAAGAUCUGCCCGCGCACGGACCUCGAGGACCUCUUCAAGAAGAUCAAUGGGAGCAAAAGUGAUUAUUUAACAGUAGACCAGUUAGUCAGCUUUCUCAAUGAAAACCAGCGGGACCCGCGGCUCAACGAGAUCCUCUUCCCGUUCUACGACCCCAAGAGAGCCAUGCAGAUUAUCGAAAAAUACGAACGGGACGACGCGCUCAAGAAGAAAGGCCACAUGUCCAGCGACGGUUUCUGCCGCUACCUGAUGUCGGACGAGAACGCGCCGGUGUUCCUGGACCGCCUGGAGCUGUACCAGGACAUGGACCAGCCGCUAGCCCACUACUUCAUCAGCUCGUCCCACAACUCGUACUUGACGGGCCGGCAGUUCGGCGGAAAAUCAUCAGUGGAGAUGUAUCGCCAGGCCCUGCUCUCCGGAUGCAGAUGCGUCGAGCUGGACUGCUGGGACGGCAAAGGAGAGGACCAGGAGCCCAUCAUCACUCACGGCAAGGCCAUGUGCACCGACAUCCUGUUCAAGGAUGUAAUCCAAGCCAUCAAGGACACGGCCUUUGUCACCUCAGAGUUUCCUGUUAUUUUAUCCUUUGAGAACCACUGCAGUAAACCGCAGCAGUACAAAAUGGCCAAAUAUUGCGAGGAGAUCUUUGGCGACUUUCUCCAGAAGUUGCCUCUGGACAAUUUCCCGAUUGAAUCCGGCCGUCCUCUACCCUCGCCCAAUGACCUCAAACGGAAAAUCCUCAUCAAAAACAAGCGCUUGAAACCGGAAGUGGAGCAGAAGCAACUGGAGGCCUUCAAGAAGCACAUGGAGGCAGGAGAGACCAACACCACCGCCAUCAUCAUGGGAGAGGAAAACGAGGAUGACACCGAGAACGGAGAAAAGGAGGCGGAAGAUAAGGACGCGACCUCAGAAGCGCCCAGCAGCCUGUCAGAGGCGCCCAGUGACAAAGAGGCCAACAGUGACCCUCAAGCAAACGCUGUGAGCAACAAGAAAGCCGAAGAGCGCAGCAACAGUAUCAAGAAGGUGCCGGAAGACGAAACAGCGGAGAUAUCCGAAGCGACGGAAGCCGGUGACGUCACCGAUAUCUCCGAGGCGUCUGACCCAGACAACAACAAGAAAGGCGGCGAAGGCUCCGAAGACUUGGAAGAGACUCUGAUCGCUCAGUACACGUACGUGGGCGCGACCACCAACAUCCACCCGUACCUGUCCGCCAUGGUCAACUACGCGCAGCCCGUCAAGUUCCAGAGUUUUGACGUGGCCGAGGAGAAAAACAUCCAUCACAACAUGUCGUCCUUCAACGAGUCCGUGGGCCUCGGCUACCUCAAGACCAACGCCAUCGAAUUUGUCAACUACAACAAGCGUCAGAUGAGCCGGAUCUACCCCAAAGGGGGGCGAGUGGACUCCAGUAAUUACAUGCCUCAGAUCUUCUGGAACGCCGGCUGCCAGAUGGUCUCGCUCAACUUCCAGACCCCAGAUCUGGCCAUGCAGCUGAACCAGGGGAAGUUCGAGUACAACGGCUCCUGCGGGUACCUCCUGAAGCCCGACUUCAUGCGGCGGUCGGACCGCAUGUUUGAUCCCUUCUCGGAGACGCCGGUGGAUGGCGUCAUCGCCGCCACGUGCAGUGUUCAGGUGUUCUCGGGCCAGUUCCUGUCGGACAAGAAGAUCGGCACGUACGUGGAGGUGGACAUGUACGGCCUGCCGACCGACACCAUCCGCAAAGAGUUCCGCACGCGCAUGGUGAUGAACAACGGGCUCAACCCCGCCUACAACGAGGAGCCCUUCGUCUUUCGAAAGGUCAUCUUACCGGAUCUGGCGGUCCUGCGCCUCGCCGUCUACGACGACAACAACAAGCUGAUCGGCCAGCGCAUCCUGCCGCUGGACGGCCUGCAGGCCGGCUACCGUCACAUCUCGCUGCGGAACGAGGGCAACAAGCCCCUCUCGCUGCCCACCAUCUUCUGCCAGAUCAUCCUCAAAACCUACGUGCCCGAUGGCUUCGGAGCGAUCGUUGACGCCCUCUCCGACCCGAAGAAGUUUCUGACCAUCGCCGAGAAGCGAGCGGACCAGAUGAAAGCCCUCGGCAUCGACACGAACGACAUCGCCGACGUCCCGAGCGGAAGCUCCAAAAACGACAAGAAGGGAAAGGGCAAAGGCGACGCCGUCAAGGCCAGCGUGACGCCGCAGAGCAGCUCGGACGUCGCUCAGUCCUCCAACGCCGCCCAGAACAACACAGCGGAGACCAAGAAAUAUAACGCACUGGUUCCUAACGUCAGCAUUGAUGAUUUAAAGCAAAUGAAGACGUACAUUAAACUCCUAAAAAAGCAGCAAAAGGAGCUGAGCACGUUAAAGAAGAAGCACUUAAAGGAUCAAAACACGAUGCAGAAAACGCACUCGACGCAGGUGGACAAGAUGGCGUCGGCGCACGACAAGGAGAAGAGCACGCUGGAGAAACUUCUGGAGAAGGCCAUCAAGAAACGAGGGGAAAACAACUGCCAAGAGCUGAAGAAGGAAACCGAAGUCAAAAUCCAAACGCUGCUCACCGACCACAAAAGCAAGGUGAAGGACGUGACGGCGCAGCACACCAAGGAACGGUCGGAGCUGCUCGGCGGCCACGCCAGCGAGGAGCAGGAGAUGAAGGACGCGCACGUCACGCAGCAGUGCGAGCACCUCAAGAAGCUGCUGAGCGGCGUUCAGGAGCAGCAGACCGGACAUCUCAAAGUCAUCCACGAGCGGCAGAGCAAAGAGAUGCGCGCCAACCAGGCCAAGAUGUCCAUGGAGAACAGCAAAGCCAUCAGCCAGGACAAGAGCAUCAAAAACAAGGCGGAGAGGGAAAGGAGGGUGCGAGAGCUGAACAGCAGCAACACCAAGAAGUUCCUGGAUGAGAGGAAGAGGUUGGCCAUGAAGCACCAGAAGGAAAUGGAGCAGCUGGAGAAGAACCAGAGAGAGCAGGUGGACAAACUGGACACGUUCAAUGAGCAGCUUUUGGCAUCACACCAUGCAAACAAACAAAAAGGCAAAGGACACGCAGCAGACGGCCAAGUCGGAGCUGGAGAUGGUGGGCAGACCUUCCACGAUGCUGUGAGCGUCUGACACACACAACCACACACACCAAAAGCGCAGCCCACCACACCAACACGCUGUAGCCACACACCCCCCCGACCCCCCCCCCCCACCCAAAUACCAUUUUGCUUUGAAACUGUGCACAUGAACACUUUGUUUGUACGUGACAUGAUUGGAAUGUAGCACUGUUUGUACAAUCACACUUGAUUUCUAACGCAAAGCUGUUUUUUAUAUAUAUAUAUAUAAAUAUCAUAUUUUGUUGAAGUAGCACUGCUAAAAAAUGUUUUUUUUUUUUAAAAGCUCGCAGUAGUGAGUUUACAUAAACGCUCAUCGCGGUGUUUCGUUUGCUGACAAGGUGAUGUGUGGCCCACUUUUCACCCUUUUUUUCCGGCUUUUCUCAUAAAGCGCUUCCGUACGAUUUUGUUUUUCGCUAAUAAAUCAUUCAGUGAUGAAUAUUUUUGGAUCCAACUGUAUGGAAGCCUUGGGUAAAAGUUAUUCAUUAUGAAUAUGAUUUCACUGCAGAAAAAAAAAUUUUUUGUUCAGUUGUAAAUUGGAUAGCUGAAAGUUUACUUUUUUUUGUUUGUUUUGUUUUUAUUACACAUAUUCUUCACUCUCACCCUUAAAAUGUCGACCAAAACGUGUAAAACAGGGGUGGGCAAAAUCCUUUCUUGAAUUGCAUUCGCAUUAUUAAUUAUUAUUGUUGCAUUCCUUUAGCAGCUUUUCCUCAAAAUGAAUUCCUCGAAUGUAUUUAUUCAUCUUUAUUUAUUUUUCUUCAUCACAUUACAAAUAUUUUUUAAUUCAAGUAUUACUUGAUUAAUUUUCAUAAAAUAAAUAAGUACAAUUAUGACUUUAUUAACGUAGAGACUAUUUUUAUAUCCACGUUUGAACUUUUUGUUUUUACCUCAUCUGUUGGUGACCCAGCCCAGUGGUUGUCAAACUUUUUACGCCAAGUACCACCUCGAAAAAAAUAACACCGUAUUUGCAAUAUUCAAAUAGUUGCGUAGUAGGACUAAGUGUUCAUCAGGGUUUACCUAUAAAACAGGUGUCAAAACUAUAUUUAAUAUAGGCACUGUAACAUUAGGCAGUUUGUUCAUCAGCAUUGCACUAAAUCAUAAGAUAGAUAAUUCAUCUAUCCAUCCAUUUGCUUAUCCGCUUAUCCUCACGAGCGUUGCAGGGAGUGCUGCAGCCUAUCACAGCUGUCAAGGGGCAGGAGACGGGGUACACCCUGAACUGGUCGCCAGCCAAUCGCAGGGCACAUGAAGACAGACAAGAGUUGUACUCACAAUCACACCUACGGGCAAUUUAGAGUGUCCAAUUAAUGUUGCGUGUUUUUGGCAUGUGGGAGGAAACCCAUGCAGGGACGGGGAGAACACGCACGCUCCACACAGGGGGGUCCGGGAUCGAACCCGGAACCUCAGAACUGUGAGGCCAACGCUUUACAGCUGCCCGAAGUAAAUCCCAAGAUUUUUUCUCACAAAGUGUUCGUAAGGAUUCAGGAUUAAAUGCUAAUACAUCGAAUUUGGUUAAAUAUAACUGAACUGCUUUUUCUCUCGCGUGCCACUAGAGGGCGCCUGCACAAGGCUUCACCAAGCAAACCCAUCCGUCUGUUUUCUAAUCAAAUGUGGGCGAAGGUUUGCCCACCCCUGAUGUCAAAUAAUACACAAUCGCAGCAUCGCCGGCAUUCAAAUCAAGUUGACGUCCCCCCUCCCCUCUCAAAAACCCGACAAAAAUGGCCACCCUAAACGCGACUAUGCGCGCAGCGUCGUCACAUCUGCUUUCUUUUGUAUUUUCUUUCUAAAUAUGUUUGACAAGAGGUGGCGCCCCCCCCCCCCCAUCCCCAAUCGAGGCGCACGCGAGUACUUCACUGGCUGAGAAAAAAAAAAGACAAACAAAAGUGCUUUUCUUCUUUAAAUUUGCAAAGUCUCUUAGGAUUGUUGUUUGUGUUAACUUAUUGCGGCGAGGGUUAUUUAUAUGGAGAGCUCUAUAUACAUACAUAUAAAUGAACAUAUAUAUUAGAUAUGAUGAUGUGUAGUUGAAUUGUUUGUUUGUUGGAGGCUUUUAGCUUCCUU